AUGGGCUUCCUCUCUCGAGUCGAGGACCGCCCGACCCCGUCGGCGGUCUACAACUGGCGAGUAUGGGUGCUUUCGUUCAUCGCAUCGUUUGCUUCCAUCAUGAUCGGAUAUGACUCUGCCUUCGUCGGCGGCACCAUCGCACUCCCUUCGUUCCUCAAGUCGUUCGGCAAGCUCUCCAACAACACUUCGGGCAACCUCGUGUCGACGUACCAGGCCGGUGCCUUCUUCGGCGCCUUCCUCGGUCACCCGCUCGGCCACUUCUGGGGCAGGAAGAGGGGUCUCUUUGUCUGCUCGCUCGUCUUCACGAUCGGUGCAGCCAUCAUGACUGCCGCCUCGCCCUCGACCCACCUUACCCCUAUCUACGUCGGUCGCGCCAUUGCCGGUAUCGCCAUCGGUGCCGCCUCGAACCUGACACCCAUCUACAUUUCCGAAAUCGCCCCUGCCCCUGCUCGUGGUCAGGCGAUCGGCAUUUACGAGAUCGGCUGGCAGAUCGGUGGCAUUGUCGGAUUCUUCAUCAACUACGGUGUCAUCCAGACCCUUCCCCCCAGCGUCAAGCAGUGGCGAAUUCCAUUCGCCGUCCAGCUUAUUCCCGGUGGCAUGUUCAUGAUCGGCACCUUCUUCCUCGUCGAGUCCCCCCGUUGGCUGCUUCAGCGCGGCCGUGUCGAGGAAGCCCGCGAAAAGCUGUCGUACAUCCGACACCUGCCCGUCGACCACCCCUACUUUGUCGAGGAAUUCAACGAGAUGCACGCCGCCAUCGACGAGACUAGGCGCGCCGCCGGCGGCGACUCGUACUUCGCCCCCUUCAAGUACCUCUUCUCCCGCAAGCACCUCGUUCGUCGUCUCGCCUUCGCAUCCAGCCUCUUCCUGUUUCAGAACGGCACCGGCAUUAACGCUAUCAACUACUAUUCGCCGACCGUAUUCAAGUCUAUUGGCAUCACGGGCACAUCGACGGGACUCUUGACGACGGGAAUCUUUGGUAUCAUCAAGACGACCGGUGCGGCGCUCUUCAUCCUCAUCCUCGUUGAGACGGUGGGCCGACGCCGCCUGCUCAUGGUUUCUUCGUCGGGUGGUGCGGUCGCCAUGUACUACAUCGCCGGCUACAUCGCCAUCGCCAAGCCGGCCCAGCACAAAAAGUCGUCGCUCGACGCUGGAGGAACCUCGGCGCUGGUCUUCUUCUACAUUUGGACGUGCUUCUAUUCGUUCGGAUACAACCCUAUUCCAUGGGUCUACGGCGCCGAAUCGUUCGACAACACUGCCCGACCGGUUGCGCAGAUCUUCAACGCGGCGAGCAACUGGCUGUACAACUUUGUCAUCUCGCAGGCGACGCCUCACAUGUUCGCCAAGAUGGGCUACGGUGUCUACCUGUUCUUCGCGACCAUGAUGGUGAUCAGCACGGUGUACAUCUACCUCUUCAUGCCCGAGACCAAGGGCAUUCCCAUCGAGGAGAUGGACAACCUGCACGAAAAGAGGCCGCAGCGACACGCGCACAAGAUGGUGCUCGAGGAGCUGCGCACGCGCGCCGCCGAGAGGCGCGGCGAGGCGGUUCUUGCGGACCAGGCCGAGUCGCGCGACGACGCAUCCAGCGCCGACGAGAAGGAGGCCAACCAGAGCUCUGCUGCCCGCUGCCCAUCUCCACCACUUGCCGCUGAGUCGGAGCGCUCCUUGUUCACCACCACCACCCCUUACUUGGCGUCCUCCGCUCCUUUCCACCCAUUCUACCUGCUCGUCGGCCCUGUCAAGCUUUCUAUCUGCUGCACUCCUUCACAAUCGCGCUGUUUGGAGCGUAGCUUUACUCUGCUCGAUACGUCCCGCUCCAUACUAGACUCUUCCACCCAGGCCGCUGCAACAAUGGCAGGUGCACUUGACGACGAGCUUCUCGCGCUCGCAGGUUCUUCCGAGGAUGAAGGCAGCCGUCCGCGCACCAACAAGCGCUCACCCUCGCACGGCACAUCGUCGCUGGCCAAGAAGCGGCGGCUCGACCUGCUCGACGAGUCGGGCUCGGGCUCGGAUGCCGAUGCUCCCGGAUCGGACGACGAUGCUGCGCCCACGCGCCGCGCCCGACCGCGCGCCUCUUCCUCCUCCGACGAGGUCGCAAACCCGUACCCGUACCAGGGCAUCUACAAGUCUGCACGCGACAUGGAGGAGCUCAUGGCGAUGAACGAGCUCGAGCGCGAAGACAUCCUCGCGCGCCGCAGAGACGAGCUCAACCAGCGCAGGCAAAAGGUCGAACUGGCCAACCUCGUCAAAAUGCAGCAGGCGGCUGCAGGCGCCUCCAAGAAGGCGGCGCGCAAGCACGAGACCAAGAGCAAGCGCCGUGUCGUCCGUGGCGGAGGCGAUGGUUCCGACUCGGACCUCUCCGAGAGCGAAGACGAGGAUGCGGAUGGCGAUAGCGACUUUGCGUACAGCGGCGCCGCUUCGGCCGCAAAGAGCCGCAGGAAGAAGAUGCCCGGCCAGACCGAUGCCAAGUCGGCCAAGCUGUCCGAGCUGCGCAAGAAGCGCAAGGAGAAGGCGGCUGGCACCACCUCUCGCUUUUCGGACGACGAGGACAAGGUGCGCUCGCGACGCGGAUACGCAAGUUCGUCCGACGACGACUCGUACGCCUCGUCGGACGAGGACGAUCCGUACUCGCGCCGGGGCAAGGACACGCGCCGCAGCCGCGCCGACGAGGGAGGUAGUUCGGAGCCGCCGAGCCUUGCCGAGCUCAAUGCGGCGCGCAUCAGCCGCGAGCGCAUCGAGCAGCGUCUGUACGCCCCGCGCUGGAAAGACGUGCUGACGGGUGCAUUUAUCCGUUUUGCCUGGAGACGCGCGCGCGAAGACGGACAGGGCACCGAAGAGGUCUACCGCAUCCACCAGGUGACCGACGUGCACGAGAAGCCCGGCAAGUUCUACGACCUCUCGGACGACCGCAGUGGGCGGUGGUGCAACGUCUACCUCUCCUUUGAACAUGCAGGCGAAGAGCGCGAGAUCCGACUGUCGAACCUGUCGCGUUCGCCGUUCAUCGAGUCGGAGCGCGAGCGCUGGCUGGUCACACUGCCGGCGUACAAGCAGAAGAUCCCGCGCGCCAGCUCGGUGGCUGCCAAGGCGGACGAGCUGGAGAAAUUCUUCGAUACGCCGCUUACCGAGGCGGACAUCAAAAAGGUGCUCGAGCACAAGAAGAAGAUUCGCACCCAGGCCGCCUCGGUCAUGGGCAGUGGCACGCCCAGCACCACCGACUCGGACGGUGGAAAGAGCCUCGAGGCCAGGCUGGCGGCUGUGCACGAGAAGAACCGCGCAAAGGACCGCUCCCGACCCGACGCCAAGUUGAAGCACAAGUUGGCCCCGAGCACCGCUGCGUCCGGUACCGCCACCCCGACCGCACCCGAGCACAGGCAGCCGGCGCCCCAGAUCACCAACAAGUUUGUCACGCUGCCCAACUUUGCCGCCACGGUCAAUGUCGAUCUGGGCGAUUUUUAG